AAUACAAGGCGCUUUUGUUGCCGGUGGGAGGACUCUGACUGAAACGGAAUAGCGGAAUGUCAUGUGAUGCACGAAUUGGUUCAAGGCCAGUGUCUAAAGCGGAAGUUGGGAUGGUUACAGAGUUGAGAGUCCGGGCUCGCGGCCCGCAUCGGCGGCGAUAAGGGCCUCGGUUAGGUCGGCGGGGGCUCAGGCAUGGCGGUGCCGGAAGGAGCGUGGGCGACGCUAUGUGUUUUGCUGACUCUGGCCGCGCUCGUAGGGCAAGUAGCCGGGGUCAAGAAUUCUGAAGAUGUCAGAUGUAAAUGCAUCUGUCCUCCUUACAAAGACCAUGCUGGUGACAUUUUCAGUAAAAAUAUUUCACAGAAAGACUGUGACUGUCUUCACGUUGUGGAGCCUAUGCCAGUUGCCGGAUCAGAUGUGGAGGCAUAUUGCUUACGCUGUGAAUGCAAAUACGAGGAAAGAAGCUCUGAAACAAUUAAAGUUACCAUAAUCAUAUAUCUGUCCGUCUUGGGCCUUCUCCUGCUGUAUAUGGUGUAUCUCACCUUGGUUGAACCUAUUCUGAAGAGACGCCUUUUUGGACAUUCACAGCUAAUACAAAGUGAUGAAGACAUUGGGGAUCACCAACCUUUUUCAAAUGCUCAUGAUGUGCUGGCUCGUUCCCGAAGCCGAGCCAACAUGUUGAACAAAGUGGAGUAUGCCCAGCAGCGUUGGAAACUCCAAGUCCAAGAACAGCGGAAAUCUGUAUUUGACCGUCAUGUUGUGCUCAGUUAAUACGAAUAGUUGUUAUCGCCAAAUGGUGUUGGAAGAAAAUAAACUAAAGUAAAGUUCUGGUUUGUUUUCCUGGUAUGCCACUUCAUCGCAAGACUAUUUUUGCUCAACAGUAGCAAGGAAAGCACAAACACAAGGGGAAGAAAGAUCUUAAAAUCUUUUAACAAGCCAAAAUCAUCUUACACUAUUGAGUUGCUUUUACUAAUAAAACAUAAGCAAUUAUCCAUGUGGUAAUUUUGACACUGAGAGAUGAUUGACUGUGUUUCUUAAAUGUAGCUUGCACUGAUAUCUAUGUGGAGAAAUGAGACUGUGUGCCAGAAUUCUGCUUCAAAUGACUUGACUUAUUGAACUUUUGUAAAUAUAUUGGUUAUUUUCUUACUGUCUGAUGUUGUAUUUCAAAAACUUGGGUCUUGCAGUAUAACCGUUGCAUCUAAAAAUGGCUGGUUGUAUAUAUUUUGUUGCUUGUACCUCUGCAAAUGUAAGGUCAAGCCUGAGCAGGCAGAAAGCUCUAGAGGCUUGAAGUGUGUGUAAAGAAAACAUUAUAGAGCAUAAUAGGAAAUGUUGGCCCUUCUAGGUUGCUUGCUGAAUGUCUACAAUGUGCAAUCUAAAUUUCAAUAGUUGGUGGAUGAUAACAAUUUUUUAAAAAUAGCUUGAUAAUGGAAUGCAAAUAAAUACUUCAGAAUCUUU